GCGGCGCGCUGGCUUGGCUCGCCGAGUCUAGGGUGCCUCGGUCCUCCCCGCACCCGGCGCCCGCCUCAGGCGCUUGCGCAGGCGGGGCCCCGGGGGGCGGUGAGUGUGGCGCGGGCGCAUGGCGCUGCUGUACCGCGCGACGCGGCUCAAGGACCGCGCCGACACCCACGUGUUCACCUUCGUGGUGACACGCUCGGCCACGCGCGAGCCCGACCGCGAUGUCACCUCCAAAGACUUCUGCUGCGCGCACCAGCGCUGGGCGGUCGCUUUCAGUCGCACCGAUGCAUCACUCGGUGUGUACUUGGUGUGGCGUGGCGCGUGCGAAGGAAUGCGGGUGUAUGUCGAUUUUACAUUCACGCUCCUCAGCCGCGAUCAUUUUACGGCCAAUGAAGGGUUUUCCGGCAAACAGGUGCGUUUCAGCGCAGGCUGCGCUGCGCAGGGCCGAGGUCGCUGUGUGUCCAUCGCCGAACUUAACACCAAGUUCGCUGAUGCGAGGGGUGAGUUCCAGCUGGAACUCAGUAUGUCACGGGUGCGCACGCUAUACUCUUGUGAACUACGCGCACCCCGCCUUGAUACACCACCCAUAGCUUUCGCCGGAUUUGACUGGCAGGUGUCGGCAACUGGCGGCGGUGGCAAGGAACCGCUGACAUUACGGUUAAUGAGAUUAUCAGGGGAAGGACAACGCUGUCGCGUAAGAUAUGCACUUGCACUUGGUGAAGGCGAAAGAAGACUACAUUCAGGCCCGUUGGAGUGUGUUUGUGACGCUGACGGACGAACGCCACCCUGGAACCCUCGACCACCAUCCCGACUUCUAACAAAAGGGGUUCGGUUAACUGUAGAACUAGUAUGGGCGCGUGCACUGGCCGAACUGGCGGUGCCGGCAGCAGGCCGCGCGGCUACAUGCUACGACCGCGACAAGCAGGCGUGGGCGGUGCGCUGUGACAUGCAUUCUGAGAUGGUGAGACUGCAUAUGUUGUAUCGGGACGUGCACCACGUGCCACGCAACCACUUGCGUUAUGUGAGCUGGUCUGCCUGGCUUGUGAGAUCAGGUGUCGCAGCUGGUGAACCUGAUGCCGAAGAACUACCUGGAGCACCCUUCGAGCAUUACUAUGCACAAGACAGUGCUGAUGAAGGGCUCAUGAUGGAAACAGCAUUACGCGUAGAGGACAUGUCACGACCUGGGAGCGCAUUCUUACACCCAGGUGGUGAACUACGUGUACGUCUCGAAUGGGGCGAUACUUACCUACUCUUUCAAGCUACUUAUCAUGUCUAUGAUGACCUUUGUCGGCUGCACGCGCAUCAAAUGAGGCGCGAGAUUGCUGUUCUUCAAGCGGAGAACUAUUCGUUGGAGCGACAGCUGUUCAGCUAUCAAAAAAGCCUGGCCUACGCACAGGCGCAGGCAGGUGAACCGGCAGUGGCGGAGACGAGUGGAAGGCGUUCCCCCGCGGAGCGCUCGCUCUCUACCGACACGGAGUACGCGUGAGAAGGGCCUGAGGACUUCUCUUUGUCGUCGCCUAUGACGUCGCCCGUUCUCUACUCUUCUAUCUUUUCGACUGAUUCUGACGUUUUUGAGCGAUUUAUCUAUUUUUCUAGACGUUUUAUGGCGAGGUGCGCCCUCGUCCGCACCGCUUUCCGCCGGUCGCCUGCACUCUCGCCGCUCGAUUCUAUCGAUAGCCGAUAAUUAUACUCGACUACUUUUCUAUUUGUCUGUACAUAAAUAUAUUUAGAAGAUAUUAUAUAUUAUGUAUAUUUCUUAACUUGAAACUCGAAUUCAUAUACUGCAACAGUCGAUUUAUGAAUAAAAAAAGUCCGUAUAAUAAAUACCAAUUUUGUCUCUUUAUUUGUAUCUUUUCUUGAUAUCCCUUAUAAAUAAUAACUAUCUGUGUAGAUUUCCCUUAUAAAACAAAUAUUAUUUAUCUACAACAUCCUUGUAGUUCCUUGUAGUUCAUAGAUUAUCUUUACAAAAAU